ACCUGCAGCCAGGGCGGACCGCGGGAAUGGCGCGCUCCCGGCUGCUGCGCCUGGCGCUGGCCCUGCUGCUGCUGCUGCUGGCGGGACCCAGAGACUCCUCGCUCACAGCCACUGACAAAAACUCAAGUUCAGAGCCAGCCUCAAGCUCCACCACCUCAAGUCCAGAGCCAACCUCUGGCUUCACCAACUCAAGUCCAGAGCCAACCUCUGCCUCCACCACUUCAAGUCCAGAGCCAGCCUCUGGCUCCACCACCUCAAGUCUGGAAACCACAUCCCCUCUAGACUCCAGUUCCACAGAACCAAAACCAGGUUCAGCCUCCCCAGAGCCAGCAACAGCCUCUCUCCCAAGCCCUGGCUCCCCCGGCUCCGAGAUGACCACCAUGUCCCAGUCCACGAACUUGGCUUCGCAAGGGUCACCCACUGCACCCAACCCUGGCCAGGAUGCAGGCAGCCUGUGGAUCGCUCCGUCACACAGGAACCCAGGUGUGGUGAUCGCCGUGUGUCUGCUUGUGUCUGUCUUACUGAUGGGCUGUGUGCUCACUGCCGUGAGGCACUACAGUCGAGAAGUGCCAUCUUUUCAUAAUCUGGAUACGGUCUCCAUGGGCAGUGUGAGCCAGAGGCUGCCGUUCGCUGACCGCCUACAGUCCUGAUCUCAGAGGCCCAGAGUCCUGCUGGGUGACACUGGGAAGAAGAGUGGCUGAAAAGUCCUCCCUGCACUGACCUGGGGAAGCCUGUGGCAGGAGGAUAGCUGCCCAGGGGUUUCAGGCUAGUUUGGCCCACACAGCUAGUACCCAACUCAAAAAUUAAGUCAGUCUGGGGUGAUGGAACAUGCCUGUCAUCCCUGUACUUGAGAGAUAGAGACAGGAGAACCAGGUGUUCAAGUCCACCCUGAGCUAUGUAGGGGGUUUGAGGUCAACCUGGGCUACAUGAGAACUUGUCUUCAAAAACUGGGGGCUGGAGAGAUGGCUGAGCGGUUAAGAGCACUGGCUGCUCUCCCAGAGGACUGGGGUUCAUCCCAGCACCCACAUGACAGCUCACAGCCAUCUGUAAUUCCAGUUCCAGGGGAUCCAAUGGCCUCUUUUGGCCUCUGCACUCACCAUGCCCACAGGUAAUACACAGACAUACAUGCAGGUAAAACACAUUAAAAAAUUAAAGCUAGGACUGGAGAGAUGGCUCAGUGGUUAAGAGCCCUGUCUGUUCUUCCAGAGGUCCAGAGUUCAAUUCCCAGCAACCACAUGGUGGCUCACAACCAUCUACAAUGAGAUCUGGUACACAUAUGCAGGCAAAGCAUUGUAUACAUAAUAAAUACAUCUCUUUAAAAAAAUUAAA